CUCCCACCCUCCUACAGAACGAAGGUCGCGGCAUCGAAUCCACCAAUCUCAUACCCAAAACAUAUUUUAUUUUCCCCGCUUCAAUUUAUUAGUUAUUUAAUUUAAGCAUCCCUCCAUUUUUCUCAACCUGUCGUAUACUAUGCCUUCACCCUUCCACACCGCAGUGCUCGGCUCCUCCAUCGGCUACCCUAACGCCGUCGCUUGGUCGGAGGAGAACCUGGUCGCGGUGGCCGGCGGCAACACCGUCACGAUUCUGAAUCCUGGCAAUCCUGGAGCUCGAGGCGUGAUUACCAUCCCUGCCAGCAAGCCUUUCCCCCUCGGUGUGGUCGAUGGCAAAGGGGAAGAUUUGCUGAAUGAGUGUAUGCUACCGUGUAUUUUGGCGCGGGAUAAUCGUCCUUGUGUUAGGUCGAUUUCUUGGUCCCCCAUGGGCUUAGCCAACAAUGCCGGUUGUUUGCUUGCUGUUUGCACUACUGCGGGACGUGUGAAACUUUACCGCUUUCCUUUCUGUGAGUUUUCGGUGGAGUGGAUUGAGGUUUUGGACAUAUCGGAGUUGCUGUACAAUCAUUUCAAGAGUACCAAUUUUGGGGAUAAUCAAAUUGUAUCCACAGAAAUUUCAGAUGUGAUAGCAAGAAGAGAUGAUGUAGAUUAUGGAUGUGUGGAUGAGCCUCCAGUCUCCAGUUUAAGAAGGAGCCCUAAAAGAAAGAAACAGAAUGCAGCUAAUAUAGCUGAAACAGAUUCAGACAACAUGAGAGAGACAAAUACACUGCAACUUGUUCCUGUCUCAUUCUAUAAAAGUUUAGAGAAAGUGACUGAUGACCGGAAUUUGCCAAUAUUAACCAAGCAGCAGUAUGCCUCUCGCAGUGAAAUGCUGAUGUCACUUGCUAUUGCUUGGUCUCCAAUUCUGGGAACAUCUGGGAAUGGUGUUGCUUCUCCUCAAAACUUUUCCGAUUACUGCUCUGUUCUUGCUGUUGGAGGGAAGUGUGGAAGAAUUUCAUUCUGGAGAAUACAUGCACCCGAUUGCUAUGCAGUUGAUAACCCUAAGUACUUGAGUAAAGUAUUGCUUGUUGGCCUUCUUAGGGCACAUGAUACUUGGAUCACAGCGAUUAAUUGGGCGAUAUGUGGUUGUAAUGAUGCGAAGCCCCAGUUACUAUUGGCCACUGGAAGUUCUGAUGGUAGUGUGAAGAUUUGGCUCGUGAAUGGUGAGGAACUACUGAAAUCAUCAGAAUUGAUCCACAAUUCCUUUACCCUAUUUAAGGAGGCCACAACGGUUGAUCAUUCAACAAUCUCCGUACUGUCGCUUACUAUACCCUCUCAAUCACCAUGGAGACUGUUCUUAGCUGUUGGCAAAGGUUCUGGGUCAUUUGAAGUGUGGAUCAUUGACAUGCUUACCUGCAAUUUCGAUAGAGUUGGCUGUUAUAAUGCACAUGAUCGAAUUGUUACUGGUUUAGCCUGGGCUUUCAGUGGACGUUGUUUGUACAGCUGCGGCCAGGAGAACUCCAUGAAGAGCUGGAUGUUAGUUGAAAACUCUCUGUGUGAAGUCCCUAUUCCCUCAUAUUCUCCUGGUUUGAAGAGUUCCUGUGAUGUUCCUUAUGCUUUCGACUCUUGCUUUGGUCUGACGGUAUCCCCUGGAAAUUUGGCGAUUGCAGUGGCUCGUGGAUUUGACAUUGAUCUAUUACAUCCUAUGUACCAGGGAAGAAGUCACAGAGCUGCCAUCGAAUUAUUUUGGAUCGGAGGGCAGCAACUGGACCUUUCUUCUGGUCGAGAUACAGAAAAUAAACCAUUUCCUGGAAUCCCGGAAAAAGAACUGGUUUGGUGGGAAAGGAACUUAUUAUGGUCUUUGGAUCAGUAUGCAGAUCUCAAUAGGUUUCUGACCAUUUGGGAUAUUAUGACAGCUCUCUUGGCCUUCAAGCAGUCUUCACCUGGGUACACAGAGCGUAUUCUACUGAAAUGGCUGACAUCUCACUUAUGGUCGCAGUUUGGUGAUACUGUUGCAGCUUUGCCUGAACUGAUUAAGUGUCUUCCGAAGGUCUCUUCACGUCAUUUGCACCUCAUCAACAUCAUAAGUAGGCGUGUUGUUCUUAAAGGAUAUAAAGUCGACAAUACGAGUGGCAAACAGCAAGAAUUAGAAAAUUCCGGUGUUACCAAGGAUGGCCAGGUGAAUAUAUGGAUGGAGUUUCUUUCGAGAAGCGAAAGUGAACUCCUGGAGAGGCUUGUCAGUUUUUGUUUUUCCACCAUGUUAAGUCGGCAAUCUAAUUCAUCAGUGGAGUUUUACCGAGUUGGUUGCUGGAGUCCUGAUGGAUUGGCGCAGAUGGAGCAAUGGGUUUCAGAAAGUGGGAAGAAUUUGAAGGAUCAUACUAAAUUUCUAGCUGCCGAAGUUGGGAAAGUUGAGAAAAGGAGAUUAAAAGACCUUUUCAGGUAUGAUAUGGAAGAGCGGUGCAAUUUCUGUUCAGCUGUUGUGCCAUUUGAAUCAAAAGACAAUGCAGUUUGCUCAGGAGAAAGCUAUGAUAGUGGGACCUGUCAAAAACAUAAGCUAAAAAGAUGCGCCAUAUCCAUGCAGAUACUCCCUACUAAACCCUCCUGGUAUUGUACAUGUUGUCACAGACAGGCAGCAAAGUUGGCACCUAACGUUUUAUUUGCAGUGCUCGAAUAUCCUUCAGAUUUUGAAUCUUUGUUUGAGUCUCCUUCUCAAAAGUACCACCCAACACCAUGUUGUCCCUUUUGUGGUAUACUUCUCCAAAGAUUACAGGCGGAAUUUUCCCUGUCAACAUGUCUUGUGUGAAAACGGGUGUCUUCCAAGCUUAAUUAUCCUAUGGCAGAUGAAUGUCCUGCUUUCAUAAAGGUUGUUCAAUUUGAAAAGGGAAGCACAAAUACAUACAUCUGCUCCCCCGGUCAAAUAAUUUCAGACGGAUAGAUACAACAUCAUAACUGCUAUGGUGGGACAUGGAACCACUGAUGGGUCAGCAUAGACAUUCGUGUCCCUGUAAAUGAUAGGCUGCUUCUUUUGGCUGCACCACAUCUUUCAGGUACCUAUUAAAAUGGCAGAAUAGUAUGACACAAGUUAAAAGUAAAUAGAUUAUUUGAGUCUUUGUUUUCGAUGUUUAACCACGAGGCUACCAUUGGAGUUUCAAGGUCGUAGGUUACCAUUGGAGUGAUAUUGAUGGAAUUCAAUUUAAAAACAUUUAACUCUGCGAUGGUACAAUUUUUGCAUUUAUUUAUACUUUUCAAAUAAUUAUGCAGAUUAAUUCUGUUUACAAUUUUUGGAAAAAAGAAACUCAAUUUUUUACCUUUA